AUGGUUCUCAAAAAUGCCGUCACAAGUGACGAUUUGAAUAAUAAUGCGAAUAAACUGCAGAACAAAUUAACUCAUGCAAUAAGGAUGUUUAAGCCAGGGAUCUUAACAAAAAAUGGAGGAUCACCCUUUCGAAAUAAAAAGAAUAGCUCAGUUGAAGCAGAUGAUGUCAUUUAUUUUGCAAAUUCGAAAAACAAACGAUUUAAUGAGAAUUUUCUCCGCUCAAAUCAGCAAAAGCGAUUCAGUCGAGAAUUUUCAGCUGAAUCAAUAAAUAGCCUAGGAGAAAUCCAUCAUUUGUAUAAAAGUACUCCAAAUAUUGCCAUGAUGACUGACCACUGCAAGGAUUUCCAGCGUGAUAUUAAUGGUUUUAAACACUGCAUGGACAAAAAGUGUUCGCCUAAGCUAGUAGUCCACCACCAUAAUUCUCUUAUUUUUGCUGAAUCGCCAACUGAUAGUGGAUACCGAUCGACAUCUCGCGCACAGCAUUUGCAAGCGCCAGCUAAAGCUUCAAGUUCAACUCAAGAAAAUAAUUCUUUUAUUGGCAAACGUUUCAGCAAUAUUUAUGGCAUUGACAAUGGUUAUUAUAUGUAUAGCUCAUCUCUUGCAGCAAAUUCGUCCGGUUUCUCGCUUAAUACAAAGGCCCAUGAACCAACCGUUGUGCUAAUCAAUGGUGAAUCAUCGAUAGUUGCCACGCGUCCUGUAAUUAGCAUGCAUGGGGAAAAUAAUUCAAAGAACCAGAAUCUAAGUAAACAUGGAGCAAACAGCUCAAUAUCCGAAGAAAUUUCUAGCUAUGAUUGCAUUUCUCUGGAAAAUGCGCCAUGCUUUUCGAAAAGCAAAUCUAAAGAUUUUUCGCAAAAUUACAGAAAUCGCCCGCCAUUCGACGACAAUGAUUUACGAAAAAUUCUUUCGCGAGGUCGGUGCAAAGAUAUUUACGUUCCUCCGGCUAUGAUCGCGAGGAUCGUUGAAUAUGCUGCUAUUUUGCUAUUGCAAAUCGCGGAUGAAAUUAGACGAUUGACUUCUUCAUUAAUAAAAUGUAGAUCACAAGAUAUUAAAACAGCCACAAAAGUGGUACUAGGCGCGGUAAUGGCAAAUAGCUGCAUUAAAGCUGGUAUUCAAGCUACAUCCAUCUACGCUUUAAGUGGAACCGGUGCUUUAAAAAUGAGUAUGAGUAGGCGAGCAGGUCUUAAUCUGAAUUUGGGGCGAUUUUACCGUUGGAUGACUGAAAAUUGUAUCAGUGAAGCCAUUUGCGACGAAGUUAGCCACAGUUUUCCUAUUUUGAUAUGCGUAGUCACAAUUAAGAAAAUUCAAGCAUGUGAAAAUCCAAAUCGAAUAGAUUUGCUAAUGAGAACUUCUGUUCACGAUGAAUAUGAACUUCGAAUGUUGGUUCGAUAUUAUUCAGAUAAGCGAAUAGAAUGCAACAAACAUGAAUCCUCCACAAAAAUAAAAUUAUCAAGAGGUGGUUCAUUGUGUUUACAAUAUUAUUCAAAAUGCAGUGUUAAAAAUGAUCACAAAUCAAGGGUUUCUACCCCAUCUUUAAUGGAAUGGAUACAUGUUGCCAAUAUAUUUGCUUCUCAUCGAUCAUCUUCUGUAAUUGAUGAUGACGACAUUCGACAAGCAGCAAGAGUGUUACUUCCAAAUCAUGAUUGUCAUCCAAGAACAUUUUCGUACACUGAAGAUAGCCAUAUACUGCUUAAUAACAUCCAUGACCAGAAACAUUUGAAACAGAAAAUUGCUUUUCAACUACUUCGAAGUGAUAAUUCUGAAGUGGUUAGAUAUGCAUUUGGGCUACUUGGUCCAUCAAGACAUAAAAUCGUCAACGAAUAUGGAUUAUCACCACUUUCUGAAGCAGUAAUCAUGGGGAAUAGUGAAGCCGUUUAUACGUUACUUGAGCUUGGAGCUGAUCCGAACGUCGCUGUCCCUUUUGAACCUCAAUCCAAAUCAUCAGUUUUAUUGAAUGAAUUUGCUGGCUGGACUCCUAUUACGUGGGCUGUUGCACGUCGUGCCAUCAAAAUUAUUGAGAAAUUAGUUGAAGCAGGAGGAAGUGUUGAACAGUCAUGCAUGGUAAAAGAAACACCUUUACAGUUAGCUGCUAUGAUAAACGAGCCACAGUUAGUAGUAAAUUUGAUGAAUUUGGGAGCCGAUCCAUUUCGUUCAUCGAUAAGUUAUGAUUCGAUGAAGUGCAAUUUCCGAAAUUUGGGUUCACCAUCUGCUCUAGCAAUAGCUGCUGCUCAAGGAAAACAAGAAGCAGUAAGAAAAAUGUUGUCGAAAGGCUACAUCAAUAAUAUUGAUGUAUUGAUAGAAAUAACUCAAAAAAGAGUAUCAAAUUUUUUCGAAGCUUUGAAUAAAGAACAGCAAAAAUCAUUGCAUGAAUCAUUGUAUUAUGCAACUGAAACUGGGCAUCUCAAUAUAGCAAUGGACCUCAGAAGUAUAGGAGUACCUUGGAAUAUUUAUACGUGGACAAAUUGUCUUCAAAGAGCUAAUGAACAACAGGCUUACAAUAUUAUAAAUACUAUUUUGAUCGAUUUCGACCGUCGCCUUUGCGAAGAAUUGUCGUAUGAAACCAUUGAAUACACUGUUAAUACGUUAAUGGAGACGUUACGAACCUCAUGUAUCAUAUAUGACAUAGAUAUUGUUUUCUUAGGUUCUAAAAUUUUUGAUUUGUUCAAUUAUUUGGAACCAAAUGAACAUUUUACAAAUUCUAAAAUAUGUCAUCGAACGGAAAGCCCCACAAAACGUUCGAUUAUUGAUUUAAAAUAUGUAAAUAAUCCUGAUUUUGCCGAUAUUCAUUUCAAGGUGGGAAAUCAAACAGUUUUCGCUCAUCGCAUCGUAUUAAUUAAUGCUUCAAAUUUCUUUAAAGACCUUUUGAGUCACCCGAAAACUGAAUUUGUCAUAGAGGAUAUCUCAUAUAAUACCUUUAUGCUGAUAUUGGAAUUCCUAUACUGUGGUGUUUAUACCAUAAAUCUUCGUAAUCAACAGCUUAAACAACAAAUGGAUUUAAUUAAGGCAUCGCAUCGCUACGAUUUAUUUGCACUCAUCGAUGAAAGUGUUCGAGUGAUUAUAUCGAAAAUUGAUCUCAAUUCUAUUUUAGAUAUCUACAGUUUUUCUAUGGAAUUGAAGAUAGAUCAGUUGAACUGUGCUGCAGAAAUUUUCAUAUUAAAAAAUAUUGUGUCACUUGUAAAAGAUAAUAAAUUCCAAAAAAUGCUUCAAAAUUUGAUGCACGAUGGAUCAGACGUUUGCAAAAAAUUAGCAUCACGUUUAAUAUUUAUUUUUAACAAUAAAUAA